GUGCCGCCGUCCAUCCAUCCAUCCGCCCGCCCGCCCUCUCGGGAUGGAUCCCAACGCCUCGGGCCCCCGACAACGCCACGCUGCAGAUGCUGCAGAACCCGGCCAUCGGCGUGGCGCUGCCCGUGGUCUACUCGCUGGUGGCCGGCGUGAGCCUGCCGGGGAACCUCUUCGCCCUGUGGGUGCUGUGCCGGGACAUCGGGCCGUCCUCGCCGUCGGUCAUCUUCAUGAUCAACCUGAGCCUGACGGACCUGAUGCUGGCCAGCGUGCUGCCCUUCCAGAUCUACUACCACUGCAACGGCCACCACUGGGUGUUCGGGCCGGCCCUGUGCAACGUGGUCACCGUGGCCUUCUACGCCAACAUGUACUCCUCCAUCCUCACCAUGACCUGCAUCAGCGUCGACCGCUUCCUGGGCGUCGUCCACCCCCUGGCCUCGGCCCCCUGGCGCCGCCGCCGCUACGCCUGCCUGGCCUGCCUGCUCUGCUGGCUGCUCCUGCUGGCCGCCCUCUCCCCGCUGGCCCGGGCCGACCUGACCUACGCCGUGCGGGCCCUGGGCAUCGUCACGUGCUUCGACGUCCUCCCCUGGGGCAUGCUGCCCGGGCUGGCCGGCUGGGCCGCCUUCCUCUUCACGCUGUUCGUGCUGCUGUUCCUGGUGCCCUUCGUGGUCACCGUGGCCUGCUACGUGGCCACCAUCCGGCGGCUGCUGCGGGCGCCCGCCGGGGCCGGGCCGGGCCAGCGGAGACGGGCCGUGGGCCUGGCCGUCGUGGUGCUGCUGGCCUUCGUCACCUGCUUCGCGCCCAGCAACCUGGUCCUGCUGGUGCACAUGGUCAGCCGCCUCUUCUUCCACCGCAGCUACUACCACGUCUACAAGCUCACGCUCUGCCUCAGUUGCCUGAACAACUGCCUGGACCCCUUCGUCUACUACUUCGCCUCCCGGGAGUUCCAGCGCCGGCUGCGUGGCUACCUGGGCUACGGCCGCCUCCGGCUGGACAGCGCCGAGAACACCCGCACGGCCGACCCCGCGGCCACGGCGGCCACACGCACCCUCUCAGCCCGCGAGGAGGAGGAGGACGACGGGCGGAGCUCCCGGGAGACCGCGGCGGCCACGGCGGCAGGAAGGAGGCCCAACUGGCAGAGGCAGGAAAGCGUCUUCUGA